UAUUUUCCGUAUAUUUCCCUUCAAUAGCAAUCAUCUCAAUUGGAAUUCGGAUCUUUAUUAUUUAAUAUCAUAGGCAUAUUUAUAAUUUUAGAGGCCAAAAAGCAGCAUGAAAGUGUAAUCAUAAUUUGUUUAAUAUUUAAAUUACUGUGAUAUAAAAAUGGAUUUACCUUAUGAGAUUCUUGUGUACAUAUUUAAAUAUUUACCAAAAUCAGACAGAAAAGCUGCUAGUGAAACAUGCCAUUCCUGGUACUUAGCAGCAAAUGAUUACUGUUUUUUGAAAAAGAAAGUGGUUAUCCUAUAUAAAGUGGAUUUAAAUUGUGACAGUUCACCAUUACAAAUAUUUGAAAAUUCGAAAAUAGUUUAUGGCAACUUUCUUUUUAAAGAAGUAGAAUUAUCUAAUAAACUCAACUCCUUUUGGGAUAGAAAUGGUGAAAAUAUAAAAUGUUUAACACUACAGAACUGUGAUGUAAGAGAAAUAGUUUUUGUUAAUAUUUUGCAGAAAUGUACAAAUUUAGAAACUUUGAACAUAGAAAACUGCAAAGAAUUAUUCAUGUCCGGUUGUCUUUUGGAAGGCAAAACGGAUGGUUUAAUGACAGAUAGUCUUACCAACUUAAAAUGUCUAAGUUUAGCGGGAAAUCAGUAUUUAACAGAUGCAUUGUUCAGCAGAUUUGUCAAAACGGCACCAUAUUUAGAAGAACUAAAUUUAUCUGCAUGUUCUUUGCAAUUUCAUUUGGGUCUAGUAAAGAGAUUCUAUCCGCCUGGGAGCAAUAUUUUCGAAAACCCUUCAGAAAGUGUCCUCACAUUCUAUUUUGUAUUACAAUAUUUAGUUACGAGAGUGAAAAAUAUAAAAAGAUUACUAUUUUCCAAAACUUUAAUAGAUGGUGCAGCACUGAAAUUGCUAUCUGAAACUGAACACUUAAGAUUAGAAUACCUUCAAGUGUACUCCUGCGACCAACUAACCAACACAGGCAUAUCAUCAUUGACAGCCCACCAAGUAUAUUUAAAAGAUCUUGAUAUUGGAUUAUGUACUAGAGUGACAGACCAAUCUUUGGUGCAUAUUUGUAGUAAUCUUACGAACUUAGAAAGUUUGAACAUCCAGAGGUGCCGAGCUGUUACAGACACUGGAAUAACUGAAUUACGAAAGUUAAAAAGCCUGAGACGGUUAAAUAUUUCGCAAUGUGAACUUAUAAGUAAAGAUGGUAUUAAAAAUAGCAUAUGUUUUGAACCAAAUCAAGUAUUAGAAGAAUUAGAUGUAAAUUCUCUUAACCUAGACCAGGAUGGGCUCAUUAUGAUCUCAGAAAAUCUUCCCAAUCUAAAAUAUUUAGACAUCAGUUAUUGUUUCAAUGGAGUUACAGACAAAUCAAUACAAGUUAUAUUUAAAAAUCAAAUUCUAUUGCAUACACUAAAGUUAAGUCACUGUGACAAAGUAUCAGAUGCUGGACUAACAGGCAUGGGAAAAAUCGAUAAUGACACUCAUGAUGAAGGACCAAUUAUGUCCAACUGUAACCAUUCUGUCUCUCACAACAAAAUACAUUUGGGAUCCAGGGCUGAAGAAGAAAUUGUGCGUGAUGCGAAAAGAAAACAUGAAGUUAUGCGCAUGUGUGAAAAGCUGUCUAUGGACUCAUUUAGCGGUUAUUCUUUGGCGCGUAUAAAAAGUCUCAAAGAGUUAGAUGUAAGUGGUUGUAAUCGGAUCACAGAUGUCAGCUUAACAUAUGCAUUUGCAUUUAAAGAACUUGUAAAUAUAAAUCUUAGCCGUUGCCAACAAAUAACUCAUGAAGGUAUCAAACAUCUAGUCAAGAAUUGUCCUAGUAUUGAAUACAUCAAUUUAAUAGAUUGUUAUAAUUUAAAAGACGAAGCUAUAAUUGAAAUUGUGAAAGGUCUGUACAGGCUUCAGCAGUUGGAAUUAAGGGGAUGUAAUCAACUUACGGAUAAGACUCUAGACGGGGUAAAAAACUACUGUCAGAAACUCAAGUUUCUUGACGUACAAGGAUGUCGCAAUAUGUCAGCAGAACUUGCUUGCACUAUUGGAGUGCUACCGACUUUGCAUACGGUCCUAAUUUCCAAGCCAGGACCUUAUAUCUCUGAUGGAGUUAAAAACAGAUCCCCAGCCCCGACUUUUUUACCAGCCCUCAUGAGAAAAUUGCGCUUGCAUUAAUAUUUUUUUUAAUAAUUCGUAAUUAGUUAAUAUAAUUAUAAAGAGGGCUAAUAUUAAUGUUGUAUGAAUUAUAAGUACAAAGUGCAAUAAAUGUAGAUUGUUUAUAUAAAUUUAAAUUAAAAUAAGAUUUUCUUUUGCAAUGAAAUUAAUAACAUUUAACUCUACUAAUUUACAAAAUAUUUUAACUACUCGUUUUGUUCAAGAUUUCAAUUUGUGAUAAUUAGGAGAACUAAGUACUACUGAAGUUUAACACUAUGCAUGAAAAUCAAAUUGAAGUGUAUAACUGUUGUGAUGUAUAUUGUUGUAUUUCUUUUAUUUAUUAAAUGGCUAUGUAUCUG